UACAUUUAUUCAUCUUCAUUAUAAUCUCGUAUUUCUCUGCAUUUUGAUCAUGCAUGUAAGAGCUUAAAUUGCAAUAAUGCGUGUUCAAUUUCAAUUUUGUUUUGGCUGGAUCUUUUGUCUGUUUUAUUCUGGUAAUUUUCAAUGGUUUUUGUAUUACUCGGGAAACGGGAAAGCGGUGGCAGAUUAGGGUACCUCACGCUCUCCAUUGCGCGUGGGAUCCACCCCACUGUUAACUGUGGCGGAGUGGCGCCACGCGCCGUUGCGGCGACUGGGAGAGGUCGUGGCGGUGUUUUUCGGUUACCUUUUUCUUCAGCGAAUUAAGGUAGUUAGAUGUGGGCCCAGUGAUCUGGCUGGGCCUACGACCACGUAAGUCUAGAGAAAUGGAUCCUUCUCUUGAGCCCAUUAGCGAACGUCCACGAUUUAAUAUUUUUUUUCUAAAUGUAAAACAUCAAAUAUUACUAUCUCCAUCCAAAUAUUAAUUGACUGUAUUUCCUUAUGCGGAUGUUUUUUAAGGACAAAAUAGUUUCAUUUUUAUUAUUUUGAAUCUCUAAAAAAUUAAUCAGCUUCUAUUCAUGAAAUUUUUGCCACCAUACAAAUAUGGGAUCUCACCCUUAAUCUAACAUUGUAUCAUCAUACGAUAUUAUAAGUCAAAAUUUUACAAUAGAACCCAUAUAGUACUUUAUUAUUUAUGAGAGAAUGAUAGAACGUCGUUAGAUGAUUUAAUAAUUGCACCCAUUAAAGUUUAGCAUGCAUUAUGAUUAAUUUAUUAUUACUAUUUGAACAUUAAUGCACUACUAUGUAUUGGAAGUAGUACUUUGAGCUGUCCUAUUCAUAAUAUUAUCAUGUACUAACUCAGUUUCCAGAUAGUUUAGGUUUUUUUGGACUUUUCAUUUGUCAUUUUGCAGUAAACUAAACUUUCACAUGAAAAAGUCUUUCCCUUUUUUUUAAUAAAAAAAAUCAGUUUAAAGAUUGUUUGAUGGUUGAAGUGUCUUCUCCUCAUUCCUCCACCUUCUAAACCUUCACAUCCUUUGUUGACACGCACCCAUUCUUGGUCUUUUUCCUCUUAUGUUAUUAUUUCUUACUUGAUGUUUCCUAGAAACCCUUUGUUUUCUGUUUUUUUCCACACUAUUAUUAUUUGAUUCCUUCUUUAAUGCUUUACUAUACAUAUUUUCCAUCCAUAUAGUCAUUAAAUAAUUACUAAUUUAUUGUAAAUAUGCAUUGAUGAAAGAGAGAGAGAGAGGGUGUGGGGGUAAGAAAAAACAGUUGGCGGCCGUUGGAAGAGGUAGUUGGGAUUGUGGCGCCAGAAUGAUACAUGCAUAUGAGACUCUAUAGCCUAUUGAAAAAGACAUGUGCCAUGUAGUAUUUGAUUUAAAUAAAUAAAUGUCGGUGUUAUGGAAAAUAUAAGGGGUUGAUUAAGACAAGUUCACUAGAAAUUAUAUUACAACUUGUUUAUGUCUUUAAACAGCCAGCUUUUCAAUCAGAAUCUGACUUAAAUCAUUUACUACUAUACUCAUUUAUAUAUUCUUGAUUUAGAUUGAUUUAUUCCUGAUUAAUGAUUCUGCUAUUAUGAGUGUGACAAGUUUAGUUUUUUGCAUUUGGCACAUAUUUGCACAGUAGAUAAUUAAUGUGAUUACUGGAUAAUCUCGUUAUAACAGGCUGAUAAUUUUAUUGUUUCAUUUGGUAAUUAAUUUGGAUAAAUAGUAGUAUAUAUUAAUUUACUUGUGGCCCCCAUAUUUUUUAGAAUUUGUUCAAAAUCCAUAAACUUUUCCAAGAAAAAGACUUUCUGCAUUAUUUCUACCUGUCUUUUUUGGUUUAUAUUUAUAAAUCUCUAUACAAAUGUGUUUGUUCACACACACAAACUUGUUUUUUUAAGUAUAACCAAGUCCUCAAAAUAAGAUGGGUGAUGCAUUAUUAUUUGUAAUUAUUUGCUCCUUUUCUUUUCCAAAUUUCAAAAUAUUCCACUUAAAUGAGAAAGUAAUGAAUUUUUAAAGUGCAGAUAGAAUUAUGGUGAAGGAAAAUAUGAGGAGGUUUUACAAUAAAGCUGUAGGCUAUCUAUCUGGGCCCAAUUCAUCUGGAUCUCAACCCAGUAUCGUAGAGCCCAAUCAACCCGAUGAAAUAUGUACUUCUUGGCUGGAGCAUCCUUCAGCAUUAACUUGGUUUAAUGAGACGACGGGCGAGGCGAUGCGAGGGAAGAAAAUAGUCGUGUUUUUGGACUAUGAUGGCACACUUUCUCCCAUUGUUAAUGAUCCCGAUCGCGCUUUCAUGUCCGAUGCGAUGCGAUGUGCUGUGCGAGAGGUGGCAAAACACUUUCCAACGGCUAUAAUAAGCGGUAGAAGUCGUGACAAGGUGUAUGGAUUUGUUAAGCUGGAUGAGAUUUACUAUGCUGGAAGCCAUGGAAUGGACAUAAUGGGGCCUCCAUCGCAUGUAAAUUCUUAUGACAACAAGUUUCAAACAAACACAAUGGAUAAAAAGGGCAACAAAACCACAAUUUUCCAACCUGCUCAGGAGUACUUGCCUACACUUAAGAAGCUGUUAGAAGAGAUGAAACAAAGAACCUUGGACAUCCCCGGUGUGUUUGUGGAGGAUAAUACGUUUUGCAUCUCUGUUCAUUACAGACAUGUCUUGAGCGAGGAUUGUGGAGAUUUGGAGGACAGAAUACGUAAUUUGCUUUCAGAAUAUCCUAUAUUUCAUCUAACUCGUGGGAAGAAAGUUUUAGAGAUUAGGCCUUCAAUCGAGUGGGACAAAGGUGAUGCUUUGUCAUAUCUUCUCAAAACGCUAGGGUUCUCGGAUAAUGGCGAUGAUGUCAUCCCCUUCUACAUUGGCGAUGAUAAAACUGACGAAGAUGCAUUUAAGGUUCUUAAGAGUAGAGGACAAGGCCAUGGUAUUGUUGUGUCAACGUCUCCGAGGGAAACUUCAGCUUCUUAUUCUCUGAAAGAUCCAACGGAAGUGCUCUCGUUUUUGCUUCGUUUGUCGAGGUGGGGUGACACACUAAAGUCGACGUGAUUCAUAGAAAAUUACAUUUACAAUUAUUUUCCAUGUGUUAGAAUUAGUACAUCAAGUUAUCAUGGGGUAUAUAUUACUAAAUUUAGGGAUAAAUUUAGGAAAAUGAGAAAUGGGGCUUGCUUUUUUAUAGCUGACAUUCGAGUUUCCUCGUGGUAUAGGUUUGCUUUUUUCCCCAUGCAUGUAUUUCAUGAUUUUGAACCUGAAUUUUAUAUUUAAUAAAGUAUUUAUGUAUUGAUA